UCUUUGCACAACAGCUUCUGCAUUUUAUUUAAGUUCAAUUGAUUUAUGGAUCAAUGUCUCAGGCCUUUCAGUCAUAUUUGUUGGUUCUGAAUUACUGAGUUUUAGUGCUAAUUUUCAUGCCAUUAAUGCCAUACUGCUUUGAAUUUAUUUAUUUGUCAUGUUCCAGUUUCUUCCAAACUUCUUAUUCUUGAACAAAAUUUUGACAAGUCAAGCACACGAUCAUCGCAACAUUUAAUAUAUGGUUAACUUCCUGAAAUUUAGGUAGCUAUACCUAUAGCUGAGUUAAGUGCUUGCAAAUUCUAAGGUUGUUAUACCUGUACUUUCUGUAGUCGUGAUUUUGUUCCACUCAUAUUUGGUUUCAGUACGAAUCAAGUUUUAACCUAUUGGUUUUGACGUUUUGUUAGGCGCCAAUUCUCCUAUUUGUAGCUUUCUGUAUUUGAGGCAACUUUCACUAACUAGUUAAACACAUUGAUCUGGGACGAUGCUUCAUCUGUGGUGUUUGCUCUAGUAGUUCAAAAUCCUUUGUACCAACACAAGACCAUCUUACCCAUAGCCAGAAAGAAUGGCAGAUAGUUUUUUCAACCACUGGUUACCACAACUACUGGUCAACCUAGUUCUAGGCUUUCUGUUCCAAAUAAAACAGCUGCAGGUGUAAAGUUCACUAUUGCCUCAGUUGAUUAGUAGGUCUUCUCCUAUCAGCUACUCACAUAGAGCUUUUUCUCUUAAUACAAAGAUACGCAGUUCUCCUGUGUGUUCGAUAAAAACAUAGAGCUUCAAACAAAGGAAGGCCUCUUGUACUCCUUAUGACCAGUUACGCACCACGAACACUCCUGCCUCUGCCUCCACCACCUUAUGAUCUUUUUUUUUUUGAAACAUUGACCACCUUAUGAUCUCACUCAUGAUAUUAUUACCUGGAGCACUUCACUGUCAGUUUCUGAGUUUUUUCGCUUGAUUCUUCCAGGCUCCAUUGUCGAUCAUCUGGUAGCAGUCAAAGGUCCCCAUGAAUAUCUUGAAUGCUCUGGUCUCCUUUGCUUCCCGAUGGUUCCUGUACUUCGUGGUAGCAGUGGUUAUACUAGCGGUGUUCUACUGCUUCCUGAAGCAACUAGCAGAUGAUGCUGGCACAGAGCAUGAACCAAUUCGGCGUCAAGAUGCAACAGCCCGCGAAACUGAACCGAUCCUUCCAAGAAAAGAGGUGUUUUUCAGCUACGGAGCAACUGGAGAGCAGCCUGAGUCCAGCGUGUGCCCCGCUGAAGAUUCAGAUAGUGACAAGAUGUGCAAAAUCUGCUACGAUGCUCCCCGGAGUUGCUUCUUCAUACCCUGCGGCCAUUGCUUUACCUGCUUUACAUGCGCAAGGAGGAUCGUGGAAGAGGAAAACAAGGCCUGCCCGAUCUGUCGGAGGCUGAUCCACAGAGUAAAAAGAGUCGAGAGCCCUUAGAUCAACCAGAAGGAUCUGCACUUUUUUGUUUAAGGGAUCUGCAUCUAGGGGUGGUAAAGGGCCAUCUAAUUUAGUCUAGCAAAUUUAAGGAUCGGGCUCAAUAAGAGCCGGACCAUAAAUUAAUAUAAUUUUAAUCUAAAAAUAGAUAGAGUUAA